AUGGACGAAGUGGAACCGGCUGAGGAUCGAAUGGAGAAUUAUGUGCGAAUUGCUGUUGUUGGAAGGGGAGCCUAUGGAGUUUGCUGGUUGUGUCGAAGAAAAGAAUCACAGCACAGGGAAAAGGUCAUUCUAAAAACGAUUCCUUUACACGGACUCUCAAACGAGGAAGAAAUUGCAAUUAUGGGAGAAGUAAUGUUAUUGAAAAAAAUGCGACAUCCGAUGAUCAUUGGAUAUUAUUCGUAUUUUAAAUAUGAUAACACGUUGGCGAUUGUCAUGCAAUAUGCUGAGGGUGGCACAAUGGAGCGAAUGAUUCAAGAACAACGCGGCGAACACUUUCAUGAGAGCUCUGUGCUUGACUUUUUCACUCAGAUUCUCAUCGCUCUUCACCACAUGCAUAGCAAAUCGAUCGUUCAUCGAGAUUUGAAGACUCAAAACAUCUUAAUGAACAAAAAGCGAACUCUCGUUAAACUCUCGGAUUUCGGGAUCUCAAAGGAAUUAUCGACAAAAUCAGUGGCUUCAACGGUGAUCGGAACGCCAAAUUAUUUAAGUCCAGAGAUUUGUGAAGGUAGAGCCUACAAUCAAAAGUCGGACGUUUGGUCACUUGGAUGUGUGCUUUAUGAGCUGCUGGCUCUGCGUCGUGCCUUUGACGGUGACAAUCUCCCUUCAAUCGUUAUGAAAAUUACAAAAUGCUCCUAUUCUCCAAUUGGUGACCACGCAACACAAGAAGUGAGAGAACUCGUUGGGAAUCUUUUGAGACUAAACGAACAUCAGAGGCCCAAUGUGCAAGAGCUACUCACCCAUCCACUUGUUCUACCGUACACUCUAAGGAUUCACUGUGAUGUGGGCAGAGUGAUCGUACCGGAGAAUAACAAGCGUCGUGCCAACUCUGUGAUGGGUGGCCGUUUACGGAUCACUCCAUCCGCUCAAUCGCUUCGUCCACAAGAAAGAUUUCCAACGAAAACCCCGAUUUCUCUCUCAAAUACAUUGCGA